AGGCUCCGCAGCUCGGCGCCUGCACCGCUCCCCUGCCGAGCCGGCGGCGGAGUCUGCCGGCCGCACGCAGCAGGUCUGGGGCUCACCUUGAAUCGGGACCUGCGAGGACCGCCGUGCGGCUUCCCGCUGGGUGAGCGCCGCAGCCCUGAGUGGCCGGGCAGUCAUUCCCCUUUUCCAGAUGGGAAAGCCAAAUCUUGAGCCCAGCGCCAGCACCGUGUUCUCAGCCGCUGGGACUUCCAACCCGCGAUCUCCCCACUAUAGUAUUUCUGGGGACCUUCCCUGGGGUUCCCCUCGGGGCGUAGAGGGAAGUAACGUCUGGGAACAAGCGCCCAGGAAGGGUCUGGAUUCUUUGUCCUCCGCCGGGAGCAGGCCCCACCGCAGGCGCCCGUGUGGGGGGCGCCCCGGGGACGGUGACGGGGACCGAGCCCCUGCCCUGCGGAGAAGCAAGCGGCGCGGGCCGCCGUUCCCCAGCGCUGCGGCCGCCGCGCUCGCCAGGGCCUGGGGUGGAGCGGAAGGCGGCGGGCUCCGGUCAAAGUCCGCGGGCCCCAAGCCCCCACCACGGGGUCGCGAGGGCUUGCUCCGCCUCGUGAGCUUGGGAUUCUGGUUAAAAAGGCGGCUGGGCGGAGCCGCGGGCCUCCGACGGCGGGAGGACAACGCUGCGAGGAGGCGCCCAGGACAGUCAUGGAGCGCCGCGUGGGAGUGAGGGCCUGGGUGGAGGAGAACCGGGGCUCCUUCCAGCCCCCGGUCUGCAACAAGCUCAUGCAUCAGGAGCAGCUCAAAGUCAUGUUCGUCGGAGGCCCCAACACCAGGAAGGACUAUCACAUCGAAGAGGGUGAAGAGGUAUUUUACCAGCUGGAGGGAGACAUGGUUCUCCGAGUCCUGGAGCAAGGGAAACACCGGGAUGUGAUCAUUCGGCAGGGAGAGAUAUUCCUCCUGCCUGCCAGGGUGCCCCACUCACCACAGAGGUUUGCCAACACCGUGGGGCUGGUGGUUGAGCGAAGGCGGCUGGAGACCGAGCUAGAUGGGCUCAGGUACUAUGUGGGUGACACCAUGGACGUUCUGUUUGAGAAGUGGUUCUACUGCAAGGACCUCGGCACGCAAUUGGCCCCCAUCAUCCAGGAGUUCUUCAGCUCUGAGCAGUACAGAACAGGAAAGCCCAUCCCUGACCAGCUGCUCAAGGAGCCACCAUUCCCUCUGAGCACACGAUCCAUCAUGGAGCCCAUGUCCCUGGAGGCCUGGCUGGACAGCCACAGCAGGGAGCUGCAGGCAGGCACACCACUCAGCCUGUUUGGGGACACCUAUGAGACCCAGGUGGUUGCCUAUGGGCAAGGCAGCAGCGAAGGCCUGAGACAGAAUGUGGACGUGUGGCUGUGGCAGCUGGAGGGCUCCUCGGUGGUGACAAUGGGGGGACGGAGCCUGAGCCUGGCUCCUGAUGACAGCCUCCUGGUGCUAGCUGGGACCUCGUAUGCCUGGGAGCGAAUGCAAGGCUCUGUGGCCCUGUCUGUGACCCAGGACCCCGCCUGCAAGAAGCCCCUGGGGUGACCCUCUUGCCAUGGCCUGAAGCAGCCACAGGUGUGCCAAGCACCCUCGAGUGCCAUCCCUGCCAAACAACUCUCCUAGCCCCCACUACCUCUCUGUGUACUGCCGCUGUGUCCCCUACAGACCUGGACAUUGUUGUCACCCACCCUCCUGCCCUUCUCAGCCCAGAUGCCACGCCCCUGGGUGGGCAGCAGCUCCCCAUCUUCUCUGGCAGCCUCAGCCCACUGCCUUGCCAGUCUUGCCAGGUGGUCUACCCCCAGCCCGCUCCUGCCCAUUCCUCUGUCCCUGCAGACUCAGUGCAGCACUUCCACACCAAGAAGGCCCUCAAUAAAGGUUUCCUGAGGAACACA